AAGGAAAUGCAGAGAACGGAUUCAUAGGUCCAGGGAUGGAAGGGGACAAGUGGGGGAGUGUUGAGCAUUUAGCUGCUUUCAUUACAUAUUGGCUGUCACGGUACGUCUUGAUGGGUAGAUCUCAAGACGGUAUUUUCCAUGAGCUCUUUCCUCUUGGUGCGAUUCUUGCUUCCAGCCGUCCGAUUCCUUUGGCUCCUUUAUUUCUGGGGGGCCUAUAUAGGAGGUUAGAUAUGUAUCAGGAGGGUGUUGAUCGUUCCAAAGGACGAUAUGAUGUUACUAGCUUCCUCCCUACUACCUUUCUACAGUUGUUUUUGUAUGAGAGAUUUCCUAGCUUGGCCUCUAUGCCAAAGGUGUUUUCCAUUAAAGAAAGUGAGCCGCGUUCUGCUAGGUGGGCUGAGGGAUGUGUACAGGGGAGUUUGGCCAGCAUUUUUGAUUUUGAGGACAAGUUUGUUGCUCGUCCUUAUGUCAUGCCAAUUUGUGGAGUAUCUUCUACCAUUGCCUACCGCCUAGAUGAUUGCGAGCUUGUUCUUGAGCCAGGUGUGUCUUAUUUGGGGGAUGCGGAUUCAGUGAUGGUUCUUAGCACCGUUUCUGGGUAUUUACCUUAUUUUGUGGAUGGCACAUAUGGUAUGGUGGCCUAUAAUCCUUUGAGAGCUGCUCGACAGUUUGGUUUGGACCAAAGGGUUCCUCAACAUCUUCCUUCCCCUGUACCUUCGGCUGCCGACUGCAUGCAAUUAUAUGUAUACUCUUUUCUUUCAGAAGAAUUAAGGCGUCGGGGGCGAGUUGUGCUAGCAAGUAAGGGUAGAAUUGGAGAAACCACCCUUAGCUGGAGGAAGUAUUGGAGAUGCAAUCUUGCAUUAUUUUGGACUUUCUUGAGUAGUGAUCUUGAUCCUGUCCAUGUUGAGCUCAUUCCGUCUGAUGACCCUGAGUUAUGUAUGGCUCGCGGAGAGCGGGGCUUGUCAGCUGCAGAUAGGGGGGAAUUCAGCCCACUGGCUCGCUUAUCUAAGGUGACUAUUGCUUUGGAACAAACCCAGAUAGUUUCUCCUGACCGUCCUUCUAGUGCCAAGCGUAAAAGGUCACCCCCUUCCUCCAUUCUUGUUCCAAUGCCUGGGAGAGUACCUCCAAAGAUGGGAGGUAUAGAUCCGCCUACUAAAACCAGGGUUGCCCGCCAAGCGAGGGGUUGCUUGACUGACACCAUUGAUUCGUCACAGGGGUCGGCUGGCGCGUGUCAGUUAAAAUUGGCGCGGCAUAAAGUCUUGCCCAUAGGUGUUGAGGACGUUGUAAAAAAUUCAGAGGAUGAUGAAGAGGGUUCGGAUCAAAGUCUUGAGAUUAUGGGGGAAAGGGAUGAUGUUGAAGACAAUGUUGAAGACGAUAUUGGAUGUGACAUGGUUAGUGCUAGGCCUUCUUUGUUGGAUACACCAAAUUCUAGGGAUGCAUUGGUUCCUAUGCAGGCCAAGAUUGGAGGUGGUGUCCCUACUGCUCGCUUGUUUGAAGGUGGUUGUAAUUUUUCACAUAGCGAUGUGCUUAGCUCACGAGUUGGAGGUGCGAGUACAUCCGCUAGCUUGUCAUGUGGCAUUAGCUCUUCUGCGCUCAUUUCUUUACAUGCUUUUAUGACCUCUGCGAGUCUAGAGAGUAAUGUGCCUACCAUUCCUUCGAGCUCUGAAGUUGGAGUCGACUCGCCUAUUGUUUCAACUGGUUCAGACUUGGGUGGUAUGCUCGUACGCGAGUUGUUUGGCUUUAUUCAGAAGGGUGCUAGUGAUAUUGGGAGUAGCCUUCAAAAGCCGUCACUACCAGCUAUUAAUGGAGAUUAUUCCCUCAUCCAUGCUACUGAUGGAGAUUUUUCUCCUAUUCAUCUUCCCCGUGGCAGUGUGGUUUUUAAAGGGAUCGAUGGGAAGGAAAAGCUACUGGAUCCAGCUGUGUUGUUUGCCGGGGUUAAAGCAGAGUUAAUUCCUCGACUACUCUUUGUUCUUCAUUAUAAACCCACCAUUUUCGUGCACUUGGGUAGCUCUUAUUAUCUUCGGACUUAUUUUUUGGAUGGUUUUGGAGAAUUCCUUAAGGAGCUUUACAAGUUAUCCCCGGAGACAGCUUCUUUUGAUGAGGUGUUGGCCCAACGUGCUGUUUUGGGUGAAUUUCGAGAUGGUCAGAUUAACAGAUUGGAGGUGGGUUGGUUGGAUGAUUGGUUAUCUCUUCUUGAAUCCCGGGUCAGGAGAAGGAUGAUUAAGGCUGAGCUAGGCGAAGUAGAUAAGGCUUUGGUUGUUGCUGUGCGAGUGGAGGAGGAAUGUAAGCUAUCUUUUGAGCGAGCACAGAAAGCUUUGAAUGAAGCAGAAUUGGCGACUUCUAGCUUGAGAGAAAAGAAAGCGAUUCUUGAAGCAAGAUUGGCGGGUGAAGAAGAAGAAGAUCAAGCUUCCAGAGUCUUGAUUUAGUUGGAUCAUAGCUUUGUAGCAUAUGAUAGCUUUAUAGCCUAAAACUUUUUUGUAUGUUGGAGAUUUAGGCCUCCCUUUCUUUUUUGUAAUUGAAAAUCUUCAACUACUUAAUGGAGCUAACUUUAUAGUUAGAGCGUCAUCUUUUAUUAUUUGUGAUUAUAGUUAGAAUAAAUGUGGAAAAGGGCGAUAUUCAUUGAAGAAGCCCAAAUGGGCACAAUACAUCUUGGUGUAGUACAUCAUAUAACAAUGAGUAAUUUCUAAGGAUAGUAAGCCUUUAACCAUUUCGCAUUGAUAGGGCUCAAGCGGGUUUGAGAGUCAGGCUCAGAAAUUCUGUAAUACCCAUUUUCAUUGACUUCCCUUACUACAAAAGGACCCUGCCACUUAGGUGUGAACUUAUGGGUUGAUGUUCCCCUCAUGACGCGAGGUGCAGCCCGUAACACUAAAUCACCUUCUUGGAACUGUCUUGGGCGUACCAGAGUAUCAUAACCUCUAGCUAUACGGCUCUGGUAAACUCUAAGAUUAGUCUGGGCUUUGUCCCUUCUUUCAUCAAGGGCUUCCAGCUCUGACGGUCUAGAGUAUAGGCUAGUUCCACUUCGGAGGGCCAUACGAGCUGAGGGUAUGGCAAUUUCCACUAGGAGGACGGCUUCCGUGCCAUAUACCAACGAAAAUGGGGUCAUUUGAGUUGGUCUUCUUUUGGAUGUUCUAUAUGCCCAGAGUGCCAAUGGAAGCACAUGUGCCCAGUCCCUUUGAUAAUCCUUGAGAGCCCUUGAAAGGAUUCUAAGGAGUGUUUUGUUUGUUGCUUUAGCUUGUCCAUUCCCCUGGGGAUAGUAAGGCGUUGAUUUAUGGUGUGUGAUG